UGGAGGAAUUCGCUAUGGAAUCUUUUAUCAAGGCACGUCGGGUCAGCUGGUGUAUCGGAGGUCAAGCUAACUGGAGACGAUUUUUAGCACUGCCCAAUAUUUUAAAUGUGUUUAAUUCGAGGUUAACCGGAUACGCCACAAGGACGGGUAAAUUUAUCUCGACCGCUGCAAGACUGAAUGUCGCCUUUCCAGUCGCUGCUGUAGGGGACGCGUUGCAACAAGCGAGAAUCUUGUUGCAAAGGAUCAAGAGUGACACGAAGAUAGACACGAAAAACAAUAGAAG